AUGGUUGGACAGGAGAGGACGCAGGGCGGCGAGCUUGAUAGCGUGACGUUUUCGCGAGCGAAGAAACGAGAAAAGGAGGAGAGUCGCGGGAAGAAGCGGGAGGAGAAGGAGGAGAAACGCGAGAGGGAGCGCCAGGAAAAAGAGGAGCGACAAGCGGAAAAGCGUGCGAAACGCGAGAGCCGAAGCGGUGGAGUAGCAUGCGGGAAUGCGGACCUGUCAGGUUCCGCUGCGGAGCUAGCAUCUAAUGCAGCUGAACGGUCCAUUGGGGUUGGGGUUAAAGCGUCUUCUGGUGGCAAGCCGUCGGUUGGGGUUAAAGCAUCGGGUGUGGCGGACGUGUCCAAUGCAGCAGCAGACAGCUCGAGCGAGGAUGAGGAGGAGGCGAAGAGGCAGGCAGCGAUCAGCUCUGUCGUGGUUGAAGGGUCGCACAUCAUGGGCGCUGCUGCUAAUCCCACGUUCAGGCACAAACGCAAGGCGAAGAGGGGGCUUCAAUCAACCCUAGCGAGCAAGGAGAGGAGGCGGCUGAGGAAGAUGGGUAUACAGCCAGAUGGGGAGGAGGGGAGUGAGAGUGAGGAUGAGGGGGAGGAGGAGGGAGGGGAGGAUGGGGAGGGGAGAGGCAGCGGAGAUAAGUCGAAAGACCUGAAGCUGAAGCACUAUCAGAUUCGGGUGAGUAUUUUGUACUGGUGA